AAACAAUGCUUCGUCUCCGAUUAUUCCACGAAACACCGCGUUUUUGUUUACAUUUCUUCUCUUUCUCUCUCUCUCUUCUCUCAUAUCUCUCUCUUCGCCGUCAGGUUUUGCCCAAAUUUCUCGGUCUUCUUCACUCCCGCGAGUUUUUUUUCUCGGGAAAAUUUUCCAAUUCCAAGCUCCAUUGAAGCCAAGUAAGAGGUGCGAUUCUCUUCAAUUUUGACUUGGAACUUGUAAAUAGCGUAUGGAUUUGAGCUGGUUAUGGACAGAAUUCUAGCUCGUAUGAAGAAAUCAACUGGACGAAGAGGAGGAGAUAAGAAUAUUACUCCGGUACGGCGGUUAGAGCGUCGCGAUGCGGCGAGGAAUAUCAAUUACGACGCAGCUUCAUGUUCUAGUUCGUCAGCUGAAGAUCUUUCCGUUUCGACUUCUUCGUUGAUGACUCGCUCUUUGGAGUUUCCGGAGCCUACUAGUUUCCGAAUCGGUGGUGGUGUUGGAGAGAUGGAUCGGAUUUAUCGGUCUCUUGGUGUUUCUGGUCCUGAUGAUUUGGCUAUUUCUUUUGAUGCUUGGGAAGCUUGUAAGAAACGUUCUUCUUCAGAUGUUGUUAAUAGGUUUAAGUCUUUUGAUCUUGAUAAGGUUCGUGAUCAGGAUUUGAGUGAAGAAGGUCCUAGUGGUGUUGUUGUUGGUUCUGAUUCAAUGAAUCAUAAGGUUCAGGGUCAGGAUUUGAGUGAAGCAGGUCCUAGUGGUGGAAUUGUUACUGAGUUGAGUGAGAUUGGGAAUUUAAUCACUCCUGUGGAUAGGUUAGUAGCUGAUGGUGUGGUAGAGAAUAGGCGUGUUAUGGAAAGAACACCAACUAUUGUGAAGUCGAAAGGGUAUCUUGUACCAAAUAAUGUAGUGGCUGUUGGUGUUGGUGUUGGUGGUGGUAUUAAGGGGCUAAGACCACCAGUACUUAAGCCUCCUCCGGCUAUGAAACGACCCCCUAUUGAUCAUCGGGGAUCGUCUUGGGAUUUCCUGACGCAUUUCGCUCCAAGUGAAACAGUUAAGCGGCCGAGUUCCUCUUCUUCUUCUUCCGAGGAUGGAUGCGAUGAAGAGGAAGGCAAGGAAGAGGAAGCGGAAGCGGAAGAGAUGGGAGCUAGGUUUAUCCAGUUGGGGGAUACGGCUGACGAGACGUGCUCAUUCACUACAAAUGAGGGUGACUCCUCAAGCACAGUAUCCAAUACUUCGCCUAUCUAUCCAGAUGGAGGAGCUAUCAUAACGUCUUGGCAAAAGGGUCAACUUUUGGGACGAGGAUCAUUUGGUUCUGUGUAUGAAGGCAUUUCUGGAGAUGGGGACUUCUUUGCUGUCAAGGAAGUUUCACUUCUUGAUCAGGGAAGUCAGGCACAAGAAUGCAUACAACAACUUGAGGGGGAGAUUAAACUACUUAGUCAGCUUCAGCAUCAGAAUAUUGUGAGAUAUCGUGGCACAGCCAAGGAUGGGUCAAACUUGUACAUUUUUCUUGAGCUUGUAACCCAAGGGUCCCUUCUAAAACUCUACCAAAGAUACCAGCUUCGGGACUCUGUAGUCUCCUUGUACACUAGACAGAUUCUUGACGGUUUGAAAUAUCUCCACGAUAAAGGUUUUAUUCACAGGGACAUCAAAUGUGCAAAUAUAUUGGUGGACGCUAAUGGCGCCGUCAAACUUGCAGAUUUUGGAUUGGCAAAGGUUUCAAAGUUUAACGACAUUAAGUCCUGCAAGGGAACUCCAUUUUGGAUGGCUCCAGAGGUUAUUAACCGAAAGGAUAGUGAUGGCUAUGGAAGUCCAGCUGAUAUAUGGAGCCUCGGGUGCACUGUGCUGGAAAUGUGUACUGGUCAGAUCCCCUACUCUGAUCUCGAACCCGUUCAAGCCCUGUUUAGGAUCGGAAGGGGUACUCUUCCGGAAGUACCUGAUACGUUAUCACUAGAUGCUCGGCUUUUCAUACUUAAGUGUCUUAAAGUGAACCCGGAAGAGCGGCCAACUGCAGCUGAACUGCUGAACCAUCCAUUUGUGAGAAGACCCUUACCAUCCGUGGGUUCAGGAGGCUCGGGAUCAGCAUCUCCCCUUCUCCGUAGAUGAGGCUAAUUUUAGUAAAUUUCCUCAAUAGGCAUAACCCGAAGAUUUAUGAGAGAUUAGAUCCCAGAGAAACUAUUGGGAGACACGAGACAUGAUUCUUCGACACACACACACGUGCGGUCGGGUUGCGCAGCAAGAGCCAAACUUACUUAGUUUCUGUGUCAUUCGUUGGUUAUUUGUUGCAAGUUAUGUGUUGGGCUUGAUUUUAAAACUGAAGAGCCUUAUUUUUCUAGGAAUUAGAAAUGUCGACCUUGGGGUUUUUGGGUGUAUAGGUUUUGUUUAGUUUUUUUUGUUAAAUUAUAGUGUAUGUAUGUCUGUAUCUAUAUCAUGUAAUGUAUAAUUAUAGUUGGUUCUUAUAGUUCCUGGCUUGUUGUAACUGUGUACACACAUCGAUGGGUUUAAGUUCUAUUUGUCUCAUAUUUUAAAGAAAUCUGCUGCUCUAAUCAUCUAUUAAAAAGUAUAGUCAAGAUAUUUUCUAUAAUUCAGGUCAAAGCCACUUUAAUUGAAGU